CCAAAACUCCACUGCUUGCACGAUGCCAGGUAUAUACGCAUGGGGAUCGGGUUCAUCAGGGCAACUAGGCACACGCGAUGACUUGGACUACGCGGAGCCGGUGAAGGUAGAUUUUGAGGCUGCGUUCGUCGGCAUCACCACAGGCGGUGGUCAUAGCGCAGGAUGGACAACGAGUGGCGAAUUGUUUACAUGGGGGGACGCGAGUCGGGACCGGUUAGGACGCGCAACGUCAUCGUCACCAUCUCUGGUCGCUAAACCAGUGCUUGGGCUCCCACCGAUAGAUCUCGCGUGUUGUGGGUGGUGGCAUACGGUGGCUAUUUCUCAAGCCCAAGACAGCACUGACACGAGCAGCAGCCGUCCAACCCAAGUGUAUGUAUGGGGCCACGGCCACGCAUCGAAGGAAGCGCUGCCUCUCGUCGCAGGCGAUGCACAAGGAACUCGGUCCACAUGUGCUAAAGUGCUGGUCACGUCCUUUCCAUCGUCCAUUUGCGUCACAAGUCUAUCAUGCGGCUGGAAACAUUCGCUCAUAGCGACGCAGGACGGUCGGGUGUUUGCAUGGGGCAAGGGCCGACAUGGCGAGCUGGCGAUGGGGCCGACCGCGACAGAAGCCAUGGUGCCAACACGAAUCGAGUCGUUGGCGCCGCAGACCAUCCACAGAGUCUUUUGUGGGUGGCAGCACUCUGUUUUUCUCACAGCUCUGGGUGACGUCUGGACGAGUGGGAGCAAUAAGCAUGGCCAGCUCGGUGUGCCACAGGUGGCACACGCAUUUGUUCCCCAACGAGUGCAGGUGUUAAAUACAACCGAUGAAGCGAUGGUCGACGUAAGUGUGGGAUGGCAUCAUGCGGUAUGCCUCGGCCGCAGCGGCGCCGUCUAUGGAUGGGGCAAAGGGGAUUUGGGGCAGCUAGGUUUUGGCUCAUUCGAGUCGAAAUCCACGCCCCAGCCACUGCCAGUCUUUGCACAUCCACCCGCUACCGUUUGUCAAGUUGCGUGUGGUUCAGAACACACUCUCUUCGUGAUGGCAGAUGGUCAGGUGUACUCGUGUGGCUGGGGGGAGCAUGGAAAUCUCGGACAUGGCAACAUCGACAACGUGGCCACACCUACAAAGAUUGCGUUCUUCCAGUCGCGCGGUGUGCAUGUUGACCGGUGCAUUGCAGGGGGGGCGGUGUCAAUAGCGUUAACUCACUGAUGUCAAAUGUCCCAAUGUUGGCAGCG